AACGACGGAAAGCAAACAAUCAAUUCUUAUCCGAGAGAAAGAGAGCUCACAUGAGGUGCGCAGGAUAAGAAGCUAUGCCACUCCUCCUUCAUCCCUGCAACUCUCUGUGUCUCCUUACCCCAUCGCUACCACUCUACAACUUCACUCCUGCCCACAAAACCCCAAAAAACGGAUCUUUAAACGGGUUAUUCAAAUGCCCCGGUUCAAAAACCUCAGUUUCCAUUUCUGGGUCACCUAAAACCCUAACUUUUUCUUUGAAUUCCUCAAUUUGGAGAACAACCCAUAUCUCCUUUUGCUCACAAAACGAGGUUCUUGAGAAAUUUCCGCGUACCCAUUUGCCCGAACAGCCCGAAAACGAGGCAAUUCAAGAGAGUGAAGAACUUGGCGCGCAAUUGCGUGUCAAGCCAACUCCCAAACCAGUUACCAAUGAAUCUGUCACUGAAAUUGAUACAAAGCCCCAAAAACCCGAUGAGGAUGAGGUUUUGAAGCCUUUCUUGAAGUUCUUUAAACCUAAGGAUUCAUUAGAAGAAUCAAUUGAUUCAGAAGAGACUAAUGAGGAGGUUGAGAUUGGGGAAGAGAGUAAAAGGGUCUCUGUUGAGUAUUAUGAUCCGAAACCCGGUGAUUUCGCGGUGGGAGUAGUUGUUUCGGGCAAUGAGAAUAAGCUUGACGUGAAUGUUGGGGCAGACUUGUUGGGGACGAUGUUGACUAAGGAAGUGCUUCCUUUGUAUGAUAAGGAAAUGGAUUAUUUGUUGUGUGAUACAGAGAAGGAUGCUGAGGAGUUUAUGGUGGUUGGGAAGAUGGGAAUUGUGAGGGAUGAUGAGGCAGUGAAUGGAGAACCGGUGCCCGGGAGGCCUGUGGUGGAGCCUGGGACUGUUUUGUUUGCUGAGGUUCUAGGAAGAACGCUAAGUGGUCGGCCAUUGCUAUCGACGAGACGGUUUUUCAGGCGAAUUGCUUGGCACCGAGUGAGGCAGAUUAAGCAGCUCAAUGAACCUAUUGAGGUUAAAAUUACGGAGUGGAACACCGGUGGCCUCCUUACAAGAAUUGAGGGCUUGCGAGGUUUUCUUCCAAAAAAUGAGUUAAUGGGUAGAGUCAACAGCUUCACUGAUUUGAAAGAGAAUGUGGGACGCAGAAUAUAUGUGCUGAUUACUAGAAUGGAUGAAAGUAAUAAUGACUUAAUACUCAGCGAAAAGGCUGCUUGGGAAAUGUUACACCUUCGAGAGGGAACACUUCUGGAAGGAACAGUAAGAAAAAUUUAUCCAUAUGGUGCACAAAUAAGGAUAGGUGAAACUAACAGAAGGUGAGUCUCAUUUCAUGUCUGGUUUUGUUUUGCAAAUUUAUCCCAAUAUGAUUA